GUCGGUUAGUUAAGACAUUUAUUUGAUGAACAUCAACAAUGUAUGAAUCAAUUUCAUUUGACACAUGCAGAAAUGGGGAAACCAUCAGUUUCUAAGCGCUUGUAUUUAUGUUUCAUAUUGAUUGUUUCUGCUUUCAGUGGCACGGAGGAGUAUUACAAUUCCCAGUGGUUACAAUGCAUCUACAGUUCACCUGAUCUAAGUGAUGUGGUAUACAUCAGUUCUUAUGUCUUCAACAAAGCUGUGGUAUCAGAGUUCAACAGCACUCUGGGGAAGUUUGUUGGAUAUACUGAGUAUGGAAUGAGAAAUGCUGAGUACUGGAACAAUAACACCAACAUUCUACAGGGAAUGAAAGCUGACUUGGACAAUUUCUGCAAACAUAAUGCUGAAAUUUAUAACUCUUACAUCCGUGAUAAAACCGAGAAGCCAAAAAUCAAACUGAGAUCAGUGAAGCAGGCUGGUGGCAAGCAUCCGGCAGUGUUGGUGUGCAGUGCAUAUGAUUUUUACCCUGAACGAAUCAAAAUGUCCUGGACAAGAGAUGGUAAAGAGGUGAACGCUGAUGUGACAUCCACUGAGGAGCAGGCUGAUGGGGAUUGGUACUACCAGAUACACUCUCACCUUGAAUAUACACCCAGAUCUGGAGAGAAAAUCUCCUGUGUGGUGGAUCAUGCCAGCUCCACUCAACCCAUCAUCACAGACUGGGAUCCCUCUAUCCCUGAGCCUGAAAGGAAUAAAAUUGUCAUCGGGGCAUCAGGUCUGGUGCUGGGAGUCAUCUUAGCAGCUGCUGGACUCAUUUACUACAAGAAGAAAUCAGCAGGGAGGACACUUGUACCACAUUAAUACUAAUAAUUCUAAGGUUUGAAAAGUCAGCUGUUGUUUUCAUGUAAUAUGCAUAAUAUGAAUAAAAAUGGAAUUGUCAAAUAAGUCUCAAUUAAAGGAUUAGUUCACUUUCAAAUGAAAAUUAAACCAAGCUUUAUUCUCCCUCAA